AUGGACAUCAACUCUACCGGCUCUGGCGAGUUCUACCCUGGUGGCAUCCCUAAAGGAGUCGCCGAUUGGGAAGCAUACAUCUUGAACCAGCAGGCAAUGUUCGGUGGAGGCACUCAUGCUCCUCUAUCUCGACGCCGCAAGACUGUCGUUGGCAUUCCCAACUUCGGCGAGUUUCUGCGCGAGUACGAAAACCGAGCCAGCGAGCAGCGCCGCCGUUCGAGAAAGGAUAGUCACCAAUCUUCCCACGAAGACAAGGACGAUCUCUCACACAACAACGUCCACUUUGGCUCCGACUCUCUGCCGCCUUCCUUCUCGUCGACUGCUUCUUCAUUCGGCACCAAGCAUUCUUCACCCCACGUGCCCAUGUCUAAGAAGCAGUUCACACCGGGUUCGAGACACAGCCGUCAUGGUUCAAACUCGAGACCCAAGCUGCCUGAGUCCUUCAUGAGUGCUCCCGACGUGCCCCGUCCCGACAGUCCCGAGACAUUCAAGAGAAAGAUCUAUGAGCACAAGGCCCAUUUCCUCGCCUCGCAGAAGCAACGCAAUCACUCGCGUCCACGUCACAAGUCUCUGCUUAGCUCCUGCCUCUAUGAGCACCCACCUGAGCCUGUCCCUGCUCCCCCUCCUCAGCCUGCCGGAUUGAAUGGGCACACCCCCGUCAACGUCUACGCUCUUUGGCGCCAGGACUGUGAUGAACAACUGAAGGACAAGUCUACCAUGACCCACGUACCUGCCCCUCCAGUGCCGACCUGCUCAGAAUGUGCCAAUGCUUAUAUCCUCGGCGGUCAGCCUGUUCCCAUUGCUUGCGGCCAUAGCCUCGACAAGGUGUUUCGCACUGGCAUCGCCGAGAGACCCGGUUCGUUCGCCUUCAGUAAGGCUUACUUUGCACUUCUCAAAGCCGAGCGUCAGCGCUGGCACACUGACCGCUUUGGAGCUUGCAAGCCCAGUGUUAAGUCGCGCAUCCUUGCUGAUGCACAGCAGCUCUUCAUUCUCAUCAACGACCUCUUUGAGAUUGAGAAGCUGCGCUUGAUCGAGACUACUGAGAUGAUUCCUGAGCAUGUUCCUGCACAUGAGCCUUAUCACACUCCUGACUAUUUCAAGUUCAGGCCUGAUGAGCGCAAUGUCUGGUAG